UUGGCUGUGCUCCACGUGUCCUUGGAGUGAGCUCCGUGCCUGUGGUGACGCAGGGCGGCCCACAAAGGAGACAUUCAGUCAGUCCCCAGCUCAGGAUCCUGUCCCCAGCUCAGGAUCCUGUCCCCCUGAAUCUGGACUAAUGCUCUUAACCCUGCUGGGGCUGGAAGAGCAGCCAGCAGAUCUGGGCUGGAGCCCUGCUCCUUUCCCGUGCUCUCUGCAGGUUGUAAAUGACUCUGUCUGUCUGCUCUGCCCAUCCUCCCUUUGGGAUCUGCAGGGAAGCACCAGCAGCCAUCCUGGUCUCUCUCCUCCUUCCCAGGCCAUCACACCACUGCUCUGCAGGAGUCAUGUUCCACUUAGUGAAGUUCCAUCCUCCUAGGAAUUGUUCUGGUGUUAAAAACUUGGAAAACUCAUGUUUUUUCAGCUCUCUGAUCCUUGAAGACCUCUUUUUCUGAAGCAAUUUUUGUGAUUCCUGUCCUUGCAAUGGCUGAGUCUCAGCUAUUACCUGUUAAAAGCAGGAGCAUGUAGACCAAGCCUGUCAUGGAGUCCUCAGCUUUCAUCCCAUCCUCCUGCAAAACCAGAAGAGUGACUCUCAUGACUACGUGAGAAGCUGCCAGCAAGCAGGUCUGAGCUUUGAGUCUCCUGUUCAAAAUGAGUUUCUAACCUGAUGCAUCGACUGCUCUGGCUAGAAAAGCAAUUGCAGGAAGAAGAAUGCCAACACGAAGAUGAAGUAGAGCGUUUCCCAUGCUGGCUGCACGCUGGUGUCAGCUGGGGAGGGACGGGCUCUCACCUCUGGCCAAACCUGUUCCUGGGACAAGAUGAAGCCAAGGAGGAGCUUCCUGCCACGCUGGAGCCGCAGUGACUGCUGCCCUCUUUAAAGCCCAUGUGCCACCGUCCCUGGCGAGAUGAAAGAAGUGGUGCUGUGGUCACCCGAGGAGGUGACCAGCUGGCUGACGGACAGUGCCGUGCCGGAGUACUGUGAGCCCCUGAAGAACUUCACCGGGCGGGACCUCAUCAACCUGACGGAGGAGGAUUUCAAGAAGUCCCCUCUGUCCCGGGUGUCUUCCGACAGCGGCCAGCGGCUGUUGAACAUGAUCGAGGGGCUGAAGAUGGCUCACCACAUGGAGGCUCACAAGAACGGCCACACCAACGGGCACGUGCGCGCCGGCGACGCCGCGCGCCAGAACGGCUUCGGUGCCGCGCUCAAGCUCAAUGGGGUCCCCAAUGGCUUCAAGAAGGAGAUGAUCAAGAUCCCCAUGCCGGAGCCGGAGCGCUCGCAGUAUCCCAUGGAAUGGGGCAAGACUUUCCUGGCUUUUAUUUAUGCACUUUUUUGUUUCGUCUUCACCACGGUGACUAUCUCGGUGGUUCAUGAACGAGUACCUCCCAAGGAGGUGCAGCCUCCCCUCCCAGAUGCAUUUUUUGAUCGCUUUGAUCGGGUGCAAUGGGCUUUUUCUAUUUGUGAAAUCAACGGCAUGAUCCUUGUAGGACUGUGGUUUGUUCAGUGGCUGCUCUUAAAAUACAACUUUGCCCAUGUUUACACCAGGAGAGGGAAGAAAAAAGUCUGGAAUACUGUUUUACAGCAGUCUAUAAUUAGCAGAAGAUUUUUCUGUAUCGUUGGCACACUAUAUCUGUACCGGUGUAUUACCAUGUAUGUGACUACACUCCCAGUACCUGGAAUGCAUUUCAAGUGUUCUCCAAAGCUCUUUGGAGACUGGGAAUCUCACCUGCGAAGGAUAAUGAAGUUGAUUGCUGGCGGAGGCUUGUCCAUCACGGGCUCCCACAACAUGUGUGGGGACUACCUGUACAGUGGCCACACCGUCAUCCUAACCCUCACCUACCUUUUCAUCAAAGAGUAUUCCCCACGGCGACUCUGGUGGUACCACUGGCUCUGCUGGGCGCUCAGCAUGGUGGGGAUGUUCUGCAUCCUCCUUGCUCAUGACCACUACACUGUGGACGUGGUGGUGGCUUACUACAUCACUACAAGGCUAUUCUGGUGGUACCACACAAUGGCCAACCAGCAAGUGCUAAAAGAAGCUUCCCAAACUAACCUCCUUGCAAGGGUCUGGUGGUACAAGCCCUUCCAGUACUUUGAGAAGAAUGUCCAAGGAAUUGUACCUCGCUCCUACCACUGGCCCCUGCGGUGUCCGGCGCUGGCGCGGGGCCGGCAGGUCAAGUACAGCCGCCUGGUGAGUGACACGUAACAGUGUCACCAGAGCCCCGAAAGGACCUGUCCCAAGUGCUCACAACUCCAAGAGAAGAUGCCAUAAACAAAAAUCCACCGCUCCCUAACCCUUUCUUUAGCAGCUCCCUGGACCUGACCUUUUCAGUUACCUGGUAAGCACUGUGAUCUUUUUUUCUCUCCAAAGGAUCUGCGUUGGACAACAAUAAAGAGAAUUUAACUGAUCAUGCACUGUUACACAUUUCUUGUUGGUAGAGUUGGGAUUUGCAUUUGCCCAUCACCAUGUUCCUUUGUAUAUGAUGCGACAACAUAGAUGAAAAGCUUUUCUAUCAUAAGUUCUGGUCUUUCCAGUCACAUCUGGGAACAAAGCAUAUUAUUUUCUUGGGAAAACAUACUUUUCAUAUCUCUUGCCCCAAAGAUUGGGCUGUAAGCCAUUUUCUAGCAAAUGACUAUAUGAAGGUUUCUAAAUAUCUGCCUUGGGUGAAGUCAAGAAAUCUUUCUACCUGUUGCACCGCGCUACGAAUAAGGUAAUAGACACAGAAAGGUUUGGUAAAUCCUGAUUUUGUAGAUUCUGCAGUGACUGUGUCAAAAAAGUGCAAAAAAAAAAAAAAAGAAAAAAACCAAAAAAAGAAAAAAUGUAAAGUGAUUUUCUAAGUAUUUCCUAACUUUAUUUUUCAAAAUGUGUAUGAAAAAAAAUAAAUUUAAAAAGAUUUUUACAUGUCAAAGAAUAGAGAGUUAAAAAAAUUUAAAGAAAAUGCUUCUUGGGAGAGAGAGAGAGAGAUUUGUCUAUGUUUCUAGUGCCUUUCUUGUCUUGAUUGUAUGGUCAGUAGGCAGUCUUAAAUGUUUUUAUUUAAAAUAAAGUAUUCCAUGAAAGCAGAAUUAUAUAUACUGUAUAAUUACUAAUUUUUGCAUUUAUAGCUAAAUUAAACUGGAAAUUUGCUUAUAAUGUUGAAAUUGCCACGUGUAGGGAAAAACCUCCCACCCCACCAAAUAAAAAAAAGGGUCUGACCUUGCUCACACAUUGUGGGCAGGUCAAGCUAAAAAAGUAUCACUUUAUUGUCUACUUGGUAGCUGGAUUUUAAAAAGCAAAACAGCCAUGAAUUCCUGUUUUUUAAGAAUUUUACAAAUGAUCACUGAGUGAACUAUGAAUGGUUUCUCCAUCCCCUUAUCAGAGUGUUGUUGAAAAACAACAAAGAUAAUCUAUUUCUUUAAAAUAUUUGUGCAGAAACUGCAUGUAAUUCUAAGUUUUCACUCCUACCAUACAUACUGUAUGUUUGGGGAAGUCUCCUAUCCUAAACUUGCCAAUGUGCAGAACAAAAAUAGUUUUUAUAAAAAAAAGAAUGAAGAAGAGAAAAAUAUAUAUAUAAAUAUAUAUAUAUAUAUCCAUUCUGUAUUUUACGUGAAGCAGAGUUAUCUUCUGUAGGUUUUUUGUGUAUUCACAAGGUGAUAUUUGUAUUGUAAAACAACAAUGGUGAAGGAAAAUAAAAAAGGCUUUUGAAAAAUGUAGUUUCCUUUAUCUUCUUAAUAUUCAAUUGAAAUUUAAAGCUGGGUUUAUUCUUCCAAACCUUGCCUUUAUGUUGAUGUUAUUGCACUGUAGGCCAUCCGAUGUGGACUGUAUGGAAACUGCAUUGAUGUGGAAUUGCUGUUGGGCAAAACAGUGCCUUAUCUGAAAUAAAUGCUAUGCAAUCGAUGCCAAGCGGGCGGGAGGAGCCUUCCUGGGAGCCAUCUCCAGGCCUUGAAAAAUCUACCCUGCAACUGCUGGGAUGCAGCACAGGGCAGGGUGGGCAUCCCUUCCCCCAGGAGCUGCCAGUCCUGGCCCCUGGACACCAGAAAAAAAAAGAGAAGAGAAGCCAAUUUCUGUGCGUCCGUGGUGGUGAAAGUGUUGUUUUUUCCUUCUUUUCUUUUCUUGUGGGUUUUUUUUUUUUUUUUUUUUUUUUUUUUUUUUUUUUUUUUUUUUUUUUUUUUUUUUUUGUUUUUUUGUGAGGGUUUUUGUUUUUUUGUUUUUAUUUUUUUUUGGUUUUUUUUGGGGAUGUUUUUAUCUCUGCCUCUCUGCCCUGUUCCUCAGCCUUGGCCUAAAUCCUGGGGAGCUGGUGGGGUGCUGCUUCUGCUGCUCUGCCUUGCUGGUGCUUGGGAUGCUGAAGGAGAGCAGCUCCUUCCUUAUCAGUUCUGUCUCCCUGGGGGGAGGGAGGGACGGUGGGAGGGAGGGGUUCCUUGGCCAAGCCCUUUGCAACAGCGUUUGCAGAGCUGGGUGGGAAUUCAGGGCUCAGCUCUGCCCGCUCUGCCUUCAAUUCACGGCUUCACCUUGGCGACUUUUGGGGCUAAAAGUCGGUUUUUAAUCAGCCCAACCCCACCCCAGCUGAUUUUUGAGCUGAUUUUUGAGAGAGUUGGCGCUCCCAGACGUAACCUGAGGAGUAGAUUUUUCAAGACCUGGCAUCACGCACAUCCGAACCAUUGACAUAAGUAAAUGUAUGGAUAUAUAUGCACAUGACAUUAAAUGGAAUCUGCUGAA